UUGGCUUCCUUCUUACAUACUCUUGUCUGUCCCAAAUUUUUUUAUUUUUAUUUUUUACUGGAAUUCAAUCAAACAUCUUUCUUUCCGAAGCGCAACCCUUGCCUUACUUUUCAACAAAACCAAACCCCCAAUUUCUUCUUCAAUAAUAAUAAUAUUAAAGAGAAAAGGGAAUGUGCGCGAGUUACGCUUGGUAUCUCUUCAUCAACUGAAUUGCUGGCAUCAACUGAUACGGAGAAAAGUAUAAUCAAACCAACGAAGAAAAAGUGCAAGCAGGAAGUGGGUUUUGGUUGGUGUGAGCUCAAAUGACGUUUUGCUCUAUCUUUUGCUGUGUCAAGCCUUCAGAUCGGAGUGAGAGGGGGAAGAAAGAGCCAACAUGGAGGAUUUUUUCACUAAAGGAAUUACAUUCUGCCACCAACAAUUUCAAUUACGAUAACAAGCUCGGAGAAGGAGGAUUUGGAAGUGUUUACUGGGGUCAGCUUUGGGAUGGAUCACAAAUUGCAGUUAAGAGAUUAAAAGUCUGGAGCAGCAAAGCAGACAUGGAAUUUGCUGUUGAGGUUGAGAUACUGGCACGAGUUCGGCACAAGAAUCUGCUGAGUUUGCGUGGCUAUUGUGCAGAAGGACAGGAGCGCCUGAUUGUAUAUGACUAUAUGCCUAAUUUGAGCCUGCUCUCUCAUCUUCAUGGACAGCACUCAUCAGAGUGCCUUCUAGAUUGGAACAGAAGGAUGAAAAUUGCAAUAGGUUCUGCUGAGGGAAUUGCCUAUCUUCACCACCAUGCUACCCCACAUAUAAUCCAUAGAGACAUCAAAGCCAGCAAUGUGUUGUUAGACGCUGAUUUUCAGGCUCAGGUUGCUGAUUUUGGUUUCGCUAAGCUAAUCCCAGAUGGUGCGACACACGUGACUACAAGAGUUAAGGGUACGCUUGGCUACCUUGCCCCCGAGUAUGCUAUGUUAGGAAAAGCAUCAGAGAGUUGUGAUGUAUACAGCUUUGGCAUUCUCUUGCUCGAGCUGGCCAGUGGCAAGAAACCCGUUGAAAAGCUAAGUUCAGCAUUGAAACGCACAAUUACGGAAUGGGCAUUGCCACUGGCUUGCCAGAAGAAAUUCAAUGAGCUGGCAGAUCCUAGGUUGAAUGGGAAGUUUGUAGAGGAAGAAUUGAAAAGAGUCAUCCUUGUUUCACUCAUUUGUGGUCAGAGUCAGCCUGAGAAAAGACCCACCAUGCUUGAGGCAUUGGAGUUACUAAAGGGAGAAUCAAAAGAGAAGUUGGCUGAACUAGAAAGUGAUGAACUUUUCAACAGCCCUCAGCCUGCUGAUUAUAACGAUGAGACAGAAGUUCCUGAAGUUAGCUCAGACUUCAUCUCAGAAGAGAAGGAAGUUAAACAGGAAAUGGAGGAGAUUGAACCUGAGAAGUCUCAUAAUAGCUGAAGUAUAAAUGAAACAAAAAUGUGAAUUUGAAUCAUUGGCUUGCUAGGAUUUUUUUUUUUUUUUUUUUUUUUGGUAUAAUAAGGCAAAGGUGGAGGUGGCUGUGACAUUUAAUAGAAUUGGUGGAAGCAUGUUUUAAGGAGUGGUGUGAAAGUGAGGUUGAUUUGUGUGUAGUCCCAAAUUGUUUCCAUUUAAUGUAAAUGAAUGACACAAAACUGUUUCUCCUGUUUAAUGGGUGGUGUUUUGAAUGCUUAUAUGUAAACUGUAGUCAUAGGAAAAAAUGAGGCUUUUUAAGGGUGUGUUGUGAUGGGCACUGUAACAAGUCUAUUGCAAUGUUUGUUAAGCUUGUCUUUUUUAUUUGUGUUACAACUCUUUUUAGUUAUUUUAUUUAAUAGCAAUAAUAUGACUCAUAUUUUCAA